GGGAGAAAAAAAAAAAACUAGUCUUACAAUGAAGAGUAAAAUUGAAAGUAGCACUCUCAAAGAAUCUUCAACUCAAACUAUGUCUUCAUCAUCCUCUUCUCUUGUUAGUGGAGUUGUCGAUAAUAACCCUUCAUACCCAUCUGAGGUACGAACUGUUCACCACCGUUUCAAUUCUGGCCAUUCAAAUACGAGUUUUAGACCACCUGCAGUAAGACCUUAUGUUCGAUCAAGAAUGCCUCGGCUUCGUUGGACACCAGAUCUUCACCGCUGCUUUGCGCAUGCAGUUGAAAGGCUUGGAGGAGAAGAAAGGGCUACACCAAAGUUAAUUUUACAACUAAUGAAUGUAAGGGGGAUUACUAUAUCUCAUGUCAAAAGCCACCUCCAGAUGUAUAGAGGCAUGAAACAGGAGCUGAUGAUUCAAGAAGCAAGGAAGAAUGAUAUGGCAGCAGGUUUAUUAGCUUCAACAAACUCCUCCUCAGCCCUUGUUCCAAGCUGCCAACAGAGUCCUGGCCAAACACAGAAUUCUAGGAAUGCUUGUGAGUCAGAGUCUUACAACGGAAAUCAAGUCAAUGAAUCGGUUAUUAUUUGUAACGGUGAUCAUGAGCAGAAGAUGCACACAUACAUCAUCUUUGAGGGUAUUCUCGGAAACCAGACUGUCCAAGCCAACAAAAGGAACCAAGCUAGAGAGGAUAAGAGAGUGAAUGAAGAAGACACAUUGUCCCUCUCAACAAGCUCAAAAGGUUCAAACACAAAUGAUGUCUCUCUUGAGCUCAAGCUCAAUUGAAAUCAUGUUUUAUGCACAACAUAGAAACAUGUAUUUUUAUCCUUUUUUUGAAGUUUAUAUUUGGUCGUAGAACUUUGAUGCAAAAGGUGCAUAACUAAUUGGAAGAAUUUUUUAACACCAAUGUUGGUUUUGUUUAUUUAUCAU